ACAUUUCCAGAGGGCUAAAUAGAUGUCAUCUCGUCACCGUUGUCUCAAGAUAUAUAAAUCUCUUUUACUCCAAUGAGUGGAUUUAAUGUAGUUGUGUUUGUUGCAUGGCCCACCUCAACUAAAUGACUCCCCUAAAUGCAUUCUGAAUUUAUUUAUUUAUUUAUUCAUUUAUUUAUUGGUUUAUUUUAACAGGGACAUGUACAUUAAUUAAACAUUCAUGUAAGUGUACCAGAGUUAGCCAGAAGGCUAUUUUUACAUCUGUUGCACCACAGGCAUCUUUCCCACGUCUUUCUCCUCCCAUAGUUCCAAUCAAUUGGAUCUCUGAAGUAGACCAGCCCGAGAACCAUUAGGAUUUGCAUGAGAGCAUUUGCCUGUAUUUACAUGACCUCCUCUCCCCCCUUUUGUGAAAAAAAAAAAAAAUUCUCCUCCAAAAUAAGGGAAAGAAAAACAAACUACCAGGAAAAGUACCUAAGAGCGACCACCAGGUGUCGCUCUGCAACACCAGGUGCGGUUGGACGACGUGUGCCGGAGAACAAUAGGCGCACAGCAGAGCCUCACAGCUGCCCUAAAAAAUCACGUUAGCGGUGUGUGCUCGCUCCUUUCAAACAAAUGAGUCUUUACUUAAUCCCCACAUCAAUUUGUUUGCACAUUUAGACUGCACAUUAUGCCGCAAUAAUCGGAAUCCGGACCUGUAUUAGCUGGGUCAGCAUUUGCGCAAAUGCCUGAACGCAGAUCGGAAUGUGGGAUGCCCAGCGCGGUGUGUGUUUAGCCGUAGUGUGCUGGUUCGUCUACAGGACGGUCACGCAGGCCGAUGGUCGGAAAAACACCGUUCACCAUCAUCAUCAUCAUCAUCAUCAUCAUCUUUGCCAGACGCGGAGCAGAGCAGAGCAUCAGAGCAUCACACAUUAAAACAACACCGCGUCGGGGUGGAGCUGUCGCCAUCAUUUGACACGUAUCGCAAUCGACCUUUGAGUCGCUCCGGUUGAUUUUUUUUUUUUCAACAGCCUCGGGCUUUCUGCCCAAUCGACCGCUCCAUUUGCGCAGCUGCGUAUCUCACUUUAGUGGAAAGUGGCCGGGCUGCAGCAUCAACACGGGAUCACCAGCUUGCUUUACUGCAUCCUCCGUGGUACCAUCAGGGUUCCCCCCCCCCACACACACACACCCAACUCCGCCUGCGAGCAGAGAUGAGUUCAGGAGCGGGCGAAUGAGAGAGUGAUCCAGGUCGUGGAGACAAGGGAAGGAGGAUCAGGGAGGAAGAAAAGGGGCGAGUUGGAGCGGCUACAGCGGUGUGCAGAGCGGCGCAGUGGUAGCGGUGGUGUAGGUGGUGGUGGGGGUCGGUCAUGGUCGGACGGGGGCUGUGGACGUGCAAGCUCCGGUUUGGAAAGCGUGGCAGCAGGCUUGGCGUCUUGCCGUUUCUGUGCGCGGGGAUCUCGGGCGCGGCCCUGCUGGCGCUGCUCUUCGUGGACUGCAUCGAGUCAUGGGUCACCUCCAUGGGCAUGAACACGGUGGUGGAGCCGCACGCCGGCAUCAUCCCCCCGCAGAGCGUCUCUCCCACCAGACCCGAGGAGUUCCUGCUCAUGCCCAGCCCGCUCGUGUGUCAGCGUGCCAAGCCUUACCUCAUCACCAUGGUUACCUCGGCUCCUGCCAAUCAGAGGGCCCGCCAAGCCAUCAGAGACACCUGGGGAGGGGACGUGGAGGUGAGGGGCCUGCGUGUCAUGACCCUCUUCAUGGUUGGCGUGGCGUCUGACCCGGGGCUGGCCAAGCUGCUGAUAGAGGAGGCGAGGGAGAGAGGGGACCUGAUCCAGGGCCGCUUCCUGGACACCUACUCCAACCUCACCCUGAAGACCCUGUCCAUGCUGGGCUGGGCCCGCCGCUUCUGCCCUCAGGCUCACUUCAUGGCCAAAGUGGAUGAUGACGUCCUGUUCAAUCCCAGCACCCUCCUGUACUUCCUCAACAAGAGCCGUAACCCGUAUGAACAAGGGGACCUGUACCUUGGCAGGGUGCACCUCCAAGUGGCUCCAAACCGUGACCCGGACAGCAAACACUAUCUCCCCUCAGGGGCCUACCCUCCCUCUGUCUUCCCGGACUAUUGCAGCGGUACAGCUUAUGUCCUGUCACGCUCUGCAUUGCUGAAAAUUUCCCUGGCGGCCUCUGCAUCACCCUUAUCCACCCCUCUGCCCCCCGAGGAUGUAUUUGUGGGCCUGUGUGCCCGGGCGGCUGGGGUGCUGCCCUCUCACUGCCCCCUCUUCUCCGGUGGUCCAGGUGUGCCAUACGGGCGGUGCUGCUAUCAGGCGAUGGUGUCCAUCCACCACAUCUCGCCCAGGGAGAUGCUCCAAUUCUGGGCUGACAUCCACUCAUCACAACCGUGCUCCUGGCUGAGCGUGCGCGCCUCACUGGGGAUGUGCAAAGUCAGGUCGAUGCUCGGCUCGGUCCUGGGGCUGGAGAGGGGGCUAUAAUGAGAGGGAACGCUGAACUCACUCGGGUUUCUGUCUGUGCCUCGCUUCAAUACUGUGAACAGCACAAGUGCACUUGAGGCUGUGAAGCUACACAUUGUGCACUGAGAAAAUGUCACUUUAUUUUUGUAGCUUUAUUUUUUUAAAACACUACAAUGUAUUUAACCUGCUUUUUAUUUUGCAGAAGAAAAAGGGGGACGACCAGCUGGUGGUACGAAGAACUGUCACAGUAGUCUGUAGCCUAUCCUUUGACUGUUAGAGCAUCCUUCAUCCUCACACUGACAGUAUCGUAGAUGUUGAGCAAACAAUAUUAGCAUGCUGAUAUUAUAGAUUGAGGAAAUACAGCUGCUUCUGUUUAAAUGCGCACAGGGACAGGUAUUCAGUUAACACACUAGGUCUUACAUCUAUAUGCUGCUAAAGUCAUAUAUUUAACCCCCCUGUAGUCUUUUGCCAGGUACUUUAAAUGUAGAUGUUAGAUUAUGAAGAUGCCUAAAUGCAUGAUGCUCCAAAUAAUAGUACAAUAGGUAUCGAACCACAGGCUUCAAGUACCCGAUAUGAUUAAAAACAAAUAUUAGCUUAAAUCCUUUUAUGAUCAAAGUAGAAAAAACAAUCACCUCAGUGCAGGAUGCUUUCAAGGAUUUUAAAGGAUCAGUUCAACAAAAAAGUUAAAAUUCUGUCAUUACCUACUGACCCCCCAUGUAGAUGGAAGGACGGGGGGAAUUUCGUAGUCCACAGAAUAUUGCUGGAGUUUCACAGCAAAACAGAAAAAAAAGAGUAGAAUUUCUACUUUUGGGUGAACUUAUCCUUUAAUUAUUGUGUGUGUGUGUGUGUGUGUGUGCGUUUUUUCUUUCCAAUAAUAACAACAAAGAAAUGCUGAGUGUGAAUGACAGCUUUGUGCUGGUGUGUAUGUUCUGAGUGCAACGUGUCAGGAGAAAAGUCCUGGCAGUCGUGCUGCAGCCACUAUGUGAACGGAGAGACAGUCGGUGUGUUUACGCUCAGGAAAAAAUAUGUACUGUCACCAAUAAACUGCUCUGUAUCUUAUCUGUAGUUUGACGGAUAUCAUUUCUUAGAGGAGAUGGACUUACCAACACACUCACACACUGUAUAUACACUGUAUUUUGUCAGGGGCCUCCACUUUUCACCUUGACAGAUGAAUCAAAGGAAGAGAGGCAUUAAAUAAUGAGGAAACACAUGUUGGGGGCGCAACAAUAUACAGGUAGUUUGACUAUGCUAUUAAUAAAUAAUGUGUAUGUUUUUGAGACAGCAUUGCUUCCUGACUUAAAUCAUCCUUUCCCCACAGCAGUCCCGUCUUCAAUAUCAGACUCAGACUCAGUUUAUUGUCAUUUCUUCGCCAAGGAACAUGGAAAAAUACAAAACACAAUGCUCAGGUCCCAGUGCUAAUUUACAAUAUUAGUGCCUACAGCUACGCGCCGCCAUCAUCCUGCAAUAUUUAAAGACCUUUAAGUCAAGUUGUUUGUUUUUGCAUCCAUUUCUGUAUGCCAAGUCCCAAAUCACAGCUCCACACAGGUACCAGUCAGAGUCGUCCUGUUUGAGAGAACUAAAUUUGUGUUUAAUCUUUAUUUAUCCAUAAACUCAGGUUCCUCUCCUCUUUCAUUCCUUUUUCUUCUGUUGUUUUGUUUUCCUUUGUGUCUGCUGCGAAGCACUUAUAACAAACUGUGUGUAAAGUGCUAUGUAAAUUGAUAUUAAUUAUUCAGCAAAUCACUUACACAAUGCAUGAUAACAAAGACCAUAUAAUGUAUCAGUAGUUGGAACUUGAACGUCCAACGGCAGGAACGAGCAUUUCUAACCUUAAAGUAUUUAGCAGUCUAAGGUGUUAUAGGAGGCCAGUCCUCUGAGUUUAAAGCAAAUCUCUCCGGUGAUCUUCUCCAACCUGCACUUUCAAUUCAACUGUGGAUAUGAACUUUAGACAAAGAUUUAGUUGUCACAUCUCUUCCUUAGUUACUCAGGCUGUGGUUCCUCUUCCACCUCCCUCUUACUUCCAUGUUUAUCACUUCUUAAAACCUACUUCUGUAGAUUUUCUUAUGGGUGAUGUUAUGUUUUGUUACCUGAAAAAAACGCUGUUUACCUAUUUGUGUUUUUGUGUGUCUGUUUUACAACUGAGGGCACCAGGUCCUGACUUUUUUGCUUCAAGGGAAAGGUGGAAA